UUGAUAGUGUCGAAUCUGUCGAUAUCAGUUUGUUGUCAAACCCAAAAUAAUUAGCAAAACAAUAUAGAUGAUUGCGUGAGGCUAGUCUUUUAAAGAUCUUGUCGGUAUUAUUGUAAAACGCUUAUCUUGCUCGUUUUCUGAGAACGAAAAUGAAAUUCGCCGAGCAUUUAACAGCUCAUAUUACUCCAGAAUGGAGAAAACAGUACAUACAUUAUGAGGACAUGAAACAAAUUCUGUAUCAGGCAAUGGAACAAGCACCAUCAGCUGAAGUUGUAGAGCCUGAGGUGAUUGCAAGAUAUUAUGCAAAAUUUGAUGAACAGUUUUUCACCUACUGUGACAAGGAGUUGGCCAUGAUAAAUACCUUUUAUUCUGAAAAGUUUGCGGAAGCCACCAGAAAAUAUGCAGCCCUUAAAAGUGAACUGGCUGUCUCAAAAAAUAGCACUGGACAGGGAGAGGAUAAAACUAAUAAAUUGGGUAGAACCCUGAAACGUAGCACCAAACAGCCAGUCAUGAAAAUUUCAGACCUUAAGCUGGCAUUUAGUGAAUUUUAUCUUAGCUUGAUUCUUCUUCAAAAUUACCAAAAUUUGAAUUUCACUGGGUUUCGCAAAAUCCUCAAAAAACAUGACAAACUUAUUCAGACUAGUGCCGGAGCAAAAUGGCGAACGGAACAUGUCGAACAAGCACACUUUUAUACAAACAAGGAUAUAGACAAACUUUUGAGCGAAACAGAAGCUACCGUUACCCACGAACUUGAGGGUGGUGAUCGUCAAAAAGCCAUGAAACGUUUGCGCGUACCUCCUCUAGGUGAAAGAAAAUCGGAUCUCACUACGUUGAAGGUUGGAUUCUUCACAGGCGCUUUUGUUUGCCUCUUUGUCACAAUGGUUGUUUCAGCAAUUUUUCACAAUAGUCAGGAGAAUAACUGGCGCAUUAUAGUUCGAUUAUAUCGUGGACCGAUGCUAAUUGCUUUGUUUCUUUUCUUCAUGGGGCUCAAUGUCCAGGGAUGGCGUAAAUCAGGUGUAAAUCACGUCCUGAUUUUUGAAUUGGAUCCGCGCCAUCACUUGACAGAGCAACAUUUACUUGAACUUGCCUCUGUUCUGGGUGUCCUGUGGACCCUAUCCGUACUAGCCUUCCUUUAUAGCAAAUUUCUCGGCAUCCCGCCCUAUGUAAAUCCGCUGGCGCUUGCAGUAACCAUGGUCCUUUUCUUGCUGAAUCCUACACGAACGUUUGUCCACGAAGCACGCUUCUGGUUUCUUCGUAAACUGGGUAGAGCUCUCUGUGCGCCGUUCUUUUUUGUCGGCUUUGCCGAUUUUUGGCUGGCAGAUCAACUGAACAGUCUUGUCCCGGUACUACUAGAUUUUCAGUAUAUGAUUUGCUUCUACGCCACCAACGAAGGCAACUGGUACACAGCCACGGAUUACAACAAGUGCGUUGACAAAACAUGGUUUAUACGCCCAGUAGUUGCCUGCUUGCCAGCCUAUCUACGAUUCGCUCAAUGUCUACGCCGGUAUCGCGAUACCAAAGAAAAAUUUCCCCAUUUGGCUAAUGCCGGGAAGUAUACCACAACCUUCUUCGUUGUCAUAUUCUCAACACUCUAUCACACAUACGAGGCCGAUGGUGUCGACAAAAACUCGACUUAUCCAUUCUUCUACACGUGGAUAGUCUUCUCAUUCAUUAGUUCCAUCUACGCCUACAUAUGGGACAUGAAGAUGGAUUGGGGUCUCUUCGAUAGCAAUGCUGGUGACAACCGCUUACUGAGAGAGGAAAUUGUCUAUUCGCACGUAGCAUACUAUUACUUUGGCAUCAUUGAAGAUUUCGUGCUGCGCUUCGGUUGGGCGUUCUCUCUUUCGUUAACCGAAAUGGGUUAUAUUCACGGUGAUUUGAUGCUAUCCAUUUUAGCUCCACUGGAAGUAUUUCGGCGUUUCGUUUGGAACUUUUUCCGACUGGAGAACGAACAUUUAAAUAACUGCGGUAAAUUUCGCGCCGUACGCGAUAUAUCGAUCGCCCCAAUGGAUGCAUCCGAUCAAGCUGCCAUCCUCAAGAUGAUGGACGAGCCAGAUGGAGUUGUGAAUCGUAGGGUACGUAAGAAAACUGUUAAUAGUCAGCCAGCGGCCGGAGGUUCAUCAAUUACCCAGAAAGACCCCGUAGUGCGUUUUCAAAACGUAAAAAUCUCAUCAGCGGCAGAAUCCAUAGGCGAAGAAUCCGGUACGGAGAGAGAUUAACAUCUCUCAGCCGAAAUUAAAUUGUAUAGUCGCGGCGAAAGAAGUUUCAUAAACAGUAUACCCCAA